AAACGCCGAGAGACCAUCUUCUGCAGCAGCGGGCGGGCGAGCGAAGGAAGAGCCGGCGCGGGGAGAGACAGGAAUCCCUCUCCAUCCCCUUCCCCCCGCCCCCUCCCCCGGCUCGCUCAUCGAUCCGUAACCGUGCCUUGACAUCCAAGCCGGCGGGCAGACAUGGGGUGUUUGGGCAACAGCAAGACGGAAGACCAGAAGAUCGACGAGAAGGAGCGACGGGAGGCCAACAAAAAGAUAGAGAAGCAGCUGCAGAAAGAGCGGCUGGCUUAUAAAGCCACUCACCGCCUGCUGUUGCUGGGGGCUGGAGAGUCGGGAAAAAGCACCAUUGUCAAGCAGAUGCGGAUCCUGCACGUCAAUGGAUUUAAUCCAGAAGAAAAGAAACAGAAAAUUCUGGAUAUCCGGAAAAAUGUUAAAGAUGCUAUUGUGACAAUAGUUUCAGCAAUGAGCACUUUAAUACCUCCAGUACCAUUGGCUAACCCAGACAACCAAUUUCGGUCUGACUAUAUCAAGAGCAUAGCCCCUCUUUCUGAUUUUGACUAUUCACAGGAGUUCUUUGAUCAUGUAAAAAAGCUUUGGAAUGAUGAAGGAGUCAAGGCAUGCUUCGAGAGGUCAAACGAAUACCAACUGAUUGACUGUGCACAGUACUUUCUAGAAAGAAUUGACAGCGUCAGUUUGAUUGAUUACACACCCACAGAUCAGGACCUACUCAGAUGCAGAGUUUUGACAUCAGGGAUUUUUGAAACACGAUUUCAAGUAGAUAAAGUAAAUUUUCACAUGUUUGAUGUAGGUGGCCAGAGAGAUGAAAGAAGAAAAUGGAUCCAGUGCUUUAAUGAUGUCACUGCUAUAAUAUAUGUUGCGGCCUGCAGUAGCUACAACAUGGUGAUUCGGGAAGACAAUAACACAAACCGGCUUCGGGAAUCCCUGGACCUCUUCAAGAGUAUCUGGAACAACAGGUGGUUACGGACCAUUUCUAUCAUCUUAUUCUUGAACAAACAGGAUAUGCUGGCUGAAAAGGUCCUAGCCGGGAAAUCUAAAAUUGAAGAUUAUUUUCCCGAGUACGUGAACUACACCGUUCCUGAAGAUGCUACCCCCGAUGCAGGAGAAGACCCCAAAGUGACAAGGGCCAAGUUCUUCAUCCGGGAUGAGUUUUUAAGGAUAAGCACGGCGACGGGCGAUGGCAAGCACUACUGCUACCCCCAUUUCACGUGUGCCGUGGACACGGAGAAUAUCCGCCGCGUGUUCAACGACUGUCGGGACAUCAUUCAGCGGAUGCACCUCAAGCAGUAUGAACUCUUGUGAUGGGGAACGCCGUGAAGCCUGUGGUUUUCCAGUCUCUGCUCCUCCUUUCUCUUUUUCUGUCUCUCUCUCUCUCUCUCUUCUCUGUAUUAUCCCACACAGAGUGGAAGAAUGUACUAGAGAAGCGUGUCCGCCUUUUGGGUCUGUUUACUUUGAGAAGUUCAAGCCCUCGUGUUGGUUCGUAGUGAGUUUUUUCCUUCAUGCUUCUUCGGGACGAUUUGUGUGCUUUAUUUUGAAAUGCCACUUCUUUGUCAUUCCACUAAGCCUUUGGCUACCUCCGUUCCCCUAGGGUAUUUUAUUUUAUUUUAAUUGGACGUAACCUGCUCAGUUUUUCCAGCAGGUUGUGUGAGCGCAAACUGCUGUCUCUCAGCUGGAUGGCACUACAGUCAGACCUCUCGCUGUGUGUGAGUUCCUUUUUUUAACAUGACACUGAAGAGUACUUGAUGGGUGAAAGAAGAAAAAUGCACUUUGUAUCAGGUUAUUAAAUACUUGUUGAGGAAGCAUACACACAAUGUAGCAGCACCACAAUAUUUAUUACUCUGUCACAGUUUUUAGCAUUACUGAGUUGCAGGUCAACAGAUAGCGAGUGACCUCCUCUUUUAUGCCCUUCCCGGCACAGGACGUAGAGUAGAUUACGAGAGGCAAGGAGAAGAUAAGCAAUUUUCCUGGGGUCUCACGAAGAAGUGUCCCUCCGCACCUCAGACUUUUGAAUUACAGCUACUUUUAGGCAAUUGCGCUUAGGCAGGCGACCGCCUCUCCCUCCUCCCCCCGGCCCAUCACUAACGUUAUUUGUUUUGUCCUCGGGUGAUCCUCUGAACUUAGGUCAUUCUUGGACGGCACUAGUCCUCUCGCCCGGUCUUGUUUUGGUUUGGUUUUACCGCUGGUUUAUUAUAUUGUACAGACUGUAAAAUGUAAUAUUAUUUUGUACAACUUUAUUGAAGAAAAAUUACUUGUAGAAGAUCUUUGUGCCUUGAUUAUGGCUGUACCUGUAAAAUGAGCUAAGAUGUAAGUAUGUUUUGGAUUGCGCUGUACAGCUUGAUGUCAACCUCACCUGCAGCGGUGACUGGAGGGAGGAACUUUAUCUGUAGACUUUAGGUUUUUUUCUGGUUUAUAUAAAAAAAAACAAUGAAAUGCUCUUUAGUAAAAAAAAUUAUAUAAAUUAUGCAAAUUAACCACUUACCUUUACAAGUGAGGUCUUACCAGUGAGAAGGGGUUGCAGCUAGGCCUCUCUUUGUCGGGGGCCGGGUAAAGAAACAUUGGAAUCCAUCCACACGGCCAAAACUGUAACCUGGUGUCGUCUCAGUGGAAACCAAGGAUAUUCUCUCUCACUCCUCUUUCUCUGUUUCGUAAUUCUUUGGUCAUUCACGGACCAUCACAGUUGCCCCCGACAGAUUGUGAGUGUGUAAAGGCCCCCUUAGAUACAGCUCUUGAUUCUUUGUACCAACAGCAGCUUUCAUUGUGCAAGUAAAUAGCAAGAAAGAAAACAAAAAAGGUGUAAACCCUUGUGUCUGGCCUAAGAGAAUUACAAGAUGACAUUUUUAUUUCUCUUUUAAUAAAGAGACACAUUAGAAAACGGUUUUAUUUUAAAUGUUGUAGAAUUCAAAACGUGUGAACGUUUCUCGGACUUGAACAAUUUAUGCAAAUGACGUUCUCCAAACCAGUUGUGGUACGGUACAAUGUAUAUGAAAAGCGAGGAUUGCUGUAGCAAUAAGGCAUGUCCUUUUUA